GCGUCUGUUCCGAUGAGCCGCGGUUCCAUUCUUGUCCGAUUACACCUCGGAAGACUGAGGCCCAGCGUCUAGUUUUAUGUCCGAACGCAUCAAUUGAGCCAUCACUUUAACUACCCAAAAUACAAUAUUGAUAUCCAUACUCUAGCAACAUGCUCCGACCCCUUUGCAGGCAUGCCUCUAGGCCAUUGACUUCGAGCAUUCGCUCUGCAACUAUCGGAAAGCGGCACAUGACUACACCGGUGUCGUUCGACUGGAAGGACCCAUUGAACAUCAACAGCUUGCUCACAGAGGAGGAGCAGGCCAUAUCGGAAACAGCAGAAUCAUACUGCCAGGAGCGCAUGCUUCCACGAGUACUCGAUGCAUAUCGCAAUGAGGACUUUGAUAGAAAGAUCAUCGAGGAAAUGGGCGAGCUGGGAUUGUUAGGCGCAACAAUCCAAGGCUACGAGUGUGCAGGUGUUAGCAGUGUAGCUGCUGGCCUCAUCACAAGAGCAGUCGAAAGAGUAGAUUCAGGGUACCGCUCAGGCUAUUCGGUGCAAAGCUCACUCGCUAUGGGUGGUAUCGAGGAAUUUGGCAGUGAGGAGCUGAAGGAACGACUCCUGCCGCAGAUGGCUAAAGGAAAGUUGCUAGGAUGUUUUGGUCUGACCGAGCCAAACCACGGCUCAGAUCCAGGAUCCAUGGAGUCUGUUGCAAAGCCGCAUCCUACUAAAGAAGGAUAUUACUCACUCUCUGGUUCUAAGACAUGGAUCACAAACUCGCCUAUUGCUGAUGUCUUUGUUGUGUGGGCGAAGCUACAGGAGACAGGCAAGAUCCGUGGCUUCGCCAUUGAGCGAAAGGACUGCCCGCCAGGUACUUUGGAAACACCGGCAAUCAAGAAUAAGAACGGCCUUAGAGCCUCUCUGACUGGUAUGAUUUUGAUGGACGGUGUCCCCGUCCCGAAGGCGAACAUGUUUCCAGACAUCGAGGGCCUGAGAGGACCCUUCAGCUGCCUGAACUCCGCAAGAUAUGGUAUUGCCUGGGGAACUAUGGGUGCUCUGGAAGAUGCGAUUGCAAGGACUCGCGAGUAUGCUUUGGACAGGAAGCAGUUCAAGGGCAACCCCAUCGCCAAGUACCAGCUCGUGCAGAAGAAGCUGGCUGACGCAACGACUGACGCUGCGUACGGUAUUCUGGCUGCAUACCACGUGGGACGGCUCAAGGAUGAGGGCAAGGCUGCACCGGAGAUGAUCUCCAUGAUCAAAAGGCAGAAUUGCGACCGCGCUUUGGUCAACAGUCGGACGCUUCAGGAAGUAUUUGGUGGAAACGCAGUCUCCGACGAGUACGGCAUUGGUAGGCACGUGGCAAACUUGUUUGUCACGCAAACAUACGAAGGCCAGAGUGACAUCCACGCCUUGAUUCUCGGUCGCGCAAUCACAGGCAUACAAGCCUUCUGCUAACUAAUACAUCAUGUUGAAGACGGAUAGUUGAUGGAUGAGUAGUGAAUUAGACAGAUUGUGAGCUCUUACUGAGAAUCCUCGUUGCGGUGGAACUAUGCAGCUCUUAGCCAAUGAAAACAAACCGCAACGGCCAGCCCUGUGCUCUUUGAGCAGGCCCUGCAUACUGCGUCGAACGUUG